ACUCGUCACACCCAAGAUUCACUUGCAGUGACGGAAUUCACCCUAUUUCGGAGCGUCGCUAGGCUCUUUCCGUCCGCCGGAGGUGAAAAAGCAGCAGUCAGAGCACGAGCUUCCGUUAUCUGUUGUGGCUACUGGGCCAGAUAGCGGCUAAGCUGGGCAAGGGAUUAUGCGCAAUCGUGCGGGCUGGCGGAAAGGUCAUCGCGAGCCAAAGCCUGUCAUCGCCUCAACUCCAUCUAUUGUCAGCACAUUUCAUGCUGAAGCCUGCGUUUGGACGUUGGACCACGGUAGUGUCGGUUGUCGCGGCCAGGGAAGGGAAGCGGGAAGACGGGAGAGGGAGAGAGAGCGAGAGAUAGAGAGAUAGGAAGGGAGGAAGGAGAAGGGCUCGUGGUGGACUCGGGGAUGAGUGAAUGACGAAUUGGCUUUGUGAAGAGGUGGUGCGGGAGUUGUUUUGUGCUGUUGUUCCUCACUCCGUUUGCCGUCGGAGCAUUCUUUGAGGCGGGGAAUGCGCGCCGCUAGUAGCUGGCCGCGUACGCAGGUACUGGCAGUGAUUGUGAGUAUCGAGAAGAUUGGGGAAAUGCGUUAGAUGGUUGUGUGCGUCCUUGGCCUGGUAACCUUCGACGGCGUCAUUGGAGCUGAGCAAGGGGUUGACUGUGGUGUAGUUUCUUGCAGCCUGGGCAUGAAGAAAAGUACCCCCGAGUGCUUUACAUGUAGCAUUCAAGCAUCAAGUCGCCGACGCUCCCUAGUUGCUAGCCUUGACUUAUCCGGAAGUACAGGUGAGGUCUGCGGAACGCCGUGAGCGAGAUGGCGGGAACUGGGAACAGUCCUGUGGUGGCCAUCAAGUUAGCCAGGUCGCCUCAAACAGAAUCGUGGACGCAGGACAAGCUCUUAGCUGGUGAUGUUGUGCUCCAGGUCAGCAGUGACAGUGGAGUUAUGUUAGUUGCUCCAUUUGCUGGCGGGAAGAAAGGCCUCAUCCGUGAGCUGAAGAAAUUGUACAACGUGUCAGGCGGGGUAAAGGUCAAAGUCAAAAGAGGUUCCUCCGUAAUCGAGGUUCGAGCUAAAGUCGCGGUGGACGAGAGUUCCCUGCUGAAGAAGACGUAUGUACUAGCUAGUGCUACUGAUAGCGGUCAUGUAGCGACAUUGGUGGAUGCCAUGGAACAAGAUUGCCUGGUUUUGCAAGAAAAAAGUCGAAAGGUACUGGAAGCAUCCAAGAUACUGAAGGAGUACUCCAAAAAGGAUGACUUGCUUGUGAAGUUAGGCAGUAUGAAGUUGAAGGACAGCUAUGUUAAUUAUCCUUGGGAACAGAAGAUGAUGACUUUCUUACCUGUCUCGGGCUCCGCGAUGCUGUUUUCUCUUCUCAUCAUGCCACCAGCUCUAUCGACAAGGGCUCGCGACUACGCUUGUGUUGAGCAAACAUCAUCUCGGGCAGUUGCCUGGCUAUCGGCUGCCCAGGCGUCUGGAGUGCCGAUCACCUUCGUCAAUAUCCAGACAGAGCAUCUCUUUAUGCAAUUUGCAGAUUACCAAGUUCCAGGCUACAAGCAGGACCCUGCGGUUAUUAGCAAUAGUGGUUGUUACAGAUUGCAGGAUCGAGAAGCCAUGGAUAUGGAUGUUGUAAGAGCAGUACGAUUAUGGUACUCGCCUGCAGCUGCUGAGCUUGCCAUCGACCUGAGACCUGAAGCGAACGAGUCUCGCCUUGGUGUUGGCAUCAGCUGCACAGAAGAGGGGUUUUGCUAUGUCUCUUCUGUGGACCCAGGCACAGUGGCUGACCGAGCAGGGCUGUGGACUGUAUAUCAAGAUGCCUGUGCAGCAGGAAAGCUGCUUGUUAUUUCUCGAGUAGGAGGGGAAAAGAUAGCGCCCUGGUUGGUUGCGUCUUCUGGUUCAAUACGGUGCUAUGAAACUAUCUCGUUGUCUAACAAGCUUUCGCUGCACCGGCAGACUGGCCAAGCUAUCCGUCUACAUGUUAUGUUGUGGGAGGGUGCUCUCACAUCUGACUUGUACCGCUCACCAGAGGAUGGUUCAAACCUGGAGGAGAAUCUUCCGUCGGUUGCGUGUAUGAGUAGAAGUGUUCAUAGAUAUUAUGACGAUCACUUACCGUAUGAUAAAGCAUCCCACCAUGAGCCGCACGAGAAGCAUUUCAUGCCCACGGAUUUGCGAGAUUUCGAAGUAACAGAUAGUCGUGCAGAGCCAUCGUUGCCCAUGAGCGGUCCAUAUCUGCAGUACAAGUACAUCAAUUGAUUUCCCAUCUGGACCCAUGUUUCAAGCCAACCUCGGGUUUUGAUAUCCGCGGCGAACAUCCUCGGACGGCGUAUUGUACAUACUGAACUUCCCAGAGACUGGGCGGUUCUGAGAAGGUGCUGGCGAGAGGGAGACCGCUGCUCCUUUCCAGUUAAAAACCUUUAAGUGAGCGUCCAAAUCGUAUAAUAUGACGCAAUCCCCUUACAUUCUGUACAUAUCAAUAGUGUAAACAACUUUCCCAGGUAAGUAUACUUUCUCACCCAACAUCUGUAGGCGCUUCAGCAAUGCCAUCUCCCCUCACUCACAAUCAAGUCAGCGGCUUAUUGUGACGUUAUGUCAACAUGUCACUAUACGGUAGAAACCAUGGAUCAGGCAGGGAUAGCUCGGGUAUAAACCCACGUGUGUUUUUGUGUACAAUUUGUGUGUGGCGACGCUGAUUAUGAUAAUUGAUGCGUCGCAGCGCCCCUUUUCACUAUUGAUCUCGAGCCUUGCGAUUAUGUGGA